AACAAUUAGUCCGAUCGCCGCGGUCUUCGCCGCCGAUCAUCAGACUCAGUUUGCAGUUUCCUCUACCUCCUCGUCGACGUGAAUGAUUGACUGAAGACGCCCUGCCAAACUCUAACUGUAACGGUGUUUCGAGUUUGGCAGUGGUUUCCGUGCCACACAGAUUAAUGGCGCAGCAUUUUCCUAGUGCCCGGUCACGUGUUUUGACUUCCACUGGCAGCAGUAUUUACUAUUGACUCCACCGGCCGUGACAAUCCAAAAUGCCUCGUGCAACUUCAGGACGUUUCUCGCGUGCCCACCAGCCAUCAAUAAAAUCAGCCGCUGCAUCAUCUUCAUCCAAAAACCACAGUGCAAAUGAAGGGACUUCAGCCGGCGUCCGUAACCCAAUAUUCAAUACAGAAAGAUUCGGGCAACAUAUCUUGAAGAAUCCGCAGAUUGCUCAAACGUACGCUCACAAUUCUCAUGCGAACCUUCGCCCCACGGAUAAAGUCCUCGAAGUUGGCCCUGGUACAGGUAACCUUACUGUCAAGAUUCUCGAACAAGCCAAAAAUGUUACUGCUGUGGAGAUGGACCCACGGAUGGCAGCUGAAUUAACGAAGCGAGUCCAGGGGCAACCAGAACAACGAAAACUCGACAUAAUCAUCGGAGACUUUGUAAAAAGCGGAUCUCCCAUAUUUCGAUGUAUAGAAUUUGCCAUGAGGCUUGUUGCUCAGCCCGGGACAGAGCUCUGGUCGCGGUUAUCUGCGAACGUACAGCUUUAUUCAAAGGUAGACCUAGUUAUGCACGUCGGCAAAAAUAACUUCCGACCAGCACCGCAAAUUGAGUCGUCAGUGGUUCGACUGGUACCUCUCGAUCCUCCUCCCCCCAUCAAGUUCGAGGAAUUCGAUGGGCUGGGUAGAAUCAUCUUUUCGAGGCGAAAUAAAACGGUGCAUGCUACAUUCAUGGCAAAAGGGGUCAUCGAGAUGCUGGAACAAAACUGGAGAACGUGGUGCUCGACUCAAAAUAAGAUAAUCGAUGACGACACAAACAUGAAAGCUAAAGUAGAAGAAGUCCUCAGCUCAUCGGGUUACUCGGAACAGCGGGCAGCCAAGAUGACCCUUGACGAUCUUCUAAAACUGCUAUCCGCAUUUCAUGACGAGGGCAUACAUUUUGCUUGAUAGAACGUUUAUCGGAUGUAUUGUAUUAGGCUGGCGAAUAUACG